UUGGCUGUGGCGGCAGCUGAGGCUGUGGCGGCGGCAGCCGCGGGGCGGGCGUAAGAUGGCGACAGCGGCGGCGGGAGCUCUAGGCCUGCUGUGGGGCUGGCUGUGGAGUGAGCGCUUCUGGCUGCCACAGAACGUGAGCUGGGCCGACCUAGAGGGACCGGGCGACGGCUACGGCUACCCACGGGCCCGGCACAUCCUUUCGGUAUUCCCGCUGGCGGCGGGCAUAUUCUCCGUGAGGCUGCUCUUCGAGCGGUUUAUUGCCAAACCCUGUGCUCUCCAUGUUGGCAUCCAGGACAGUGGUCCUUAUGAGGCCCAAUCUAAUGCCAUCCUUGAAAAGGUGUUCAUAUCUAUUACCAAGUAUCCUGAUGAGAAAAGGCUGGAGGGCCUGUCAAAGCAACUGGAUUGGGAUGUCCGAAAAAUCCAAUGCUGGUUUCGCCAUCGGAGGAAUCAGGACAAGCCCCCAACGCUCACUAAAUUCUGCGAAAGCAUGUGGAGAUUCACUUUUUAUUUAUGUAUAUUCUGCUACGGAAUUAGAUUUCUGUGGUCGUCACCUUGGUUCUGGGACACCCGACAGUGCUGGCAUAGCUAUCCAUAUCAGCCUCUCACAAGUGGGCUUUAUUACUAUUAUAUCAUGGAAUUGGCCUUCUAUUGGUCUCUUAUGUUUUCUCAGUUUACAGACAUUAAAAGAAAGGACUUCCUGAUCAUGUUUGUGCAUCACUUGGCCACCAUUGGGCUCAUCACAUUCUCUUACAUCAACAACAUGGUUCGCGUGGGAACUCUGGUCAUGUGUCUACACGAUGCCUCAGACUUCUUGCUGGAGGCAGCCAAGCUGGCCAAUUAUGCCAAGUAUCAGAGGCUCUGUGACACAUUUUUUGUGAUCUUCAGUGCUGUUUUUGUGGUCACUCGUCUAGGAAUCUAUCCAUUCUGGAUUCUGAACACGACCCUCUUUGAGAGUUGGGAGAUGAUCGGGCCCUAUCCCUCCUGGUGGCUCUUCAAUGGCCUACUCCUGAUUCUACAGGUUCUACAUGUCAUCUGGUCCUACCUAAUUGCUCGAAUUGCUUUCAAAGCCUUGAUCCGAGGAAAGGUGUCGAAGGAUGAUCGCAGUGAUGUAGAGAGCAGCUCAGAGGAAGAAGAUGUAACUACCAGUGCAAAAAGCUCCUGUGGCAGCAGCUCCAGAAAUGGUGCCAAUCGGGUGAACGGUCACAUGGGAGGCAGCUACUGGGCUGAAGAGUAAGAUGGUUGGUAUGAGGACUUCACAGCACACAUGGACUUGUAAGGCCACUGGCAACCUGCUCUUCUUGGGCCUCCCCACAUCUACGUUCUUGUGAUUAGGGGAACUGUAAGGCACUGAGGAGAAUCAAGCAAAUAUUUUCACUUUUUAAAACAACUCUGCCAUUUUGUAUUUAAUAGCCUCCAGGCCCUUUCAAUAAUGUUAUUUGCUCUGUGUUUGUAUAUUUGUGUGUUCGUGCGCAUGUGUAUUUGUACAUAUGUAUGAAGUUCAUUGGCUGGGUCAGGGCACAAUUCUGGACUGGGCCUUGCCUGGCCCCUUUUAUCCCCACCUCAAUCACAGAUUCUGGCUGCAACCUGAAUUAUGCUGGCUCUGGACUAGCCCCUCCCUUAUUCCCCAUGGCUCUUGAGGCUCUAAGUCCCUGGACCAUCUCAGUGGAGCAGCCAAGUUCAGCUCCAGGUUUCUGCACUGUUUCUCCAUUGGAACUGGAGCACUUCACGUGAUGGAGUUGUAUAGAAACAGAGAACCAUGGAUGGAUGGCCAGGACUGCUGUGGCCCCUAGCUGGAUCUCCUUCCUACCACCUGGUGGUGACAGGGGCAACUGCUGAGACCCUGCUUCUUUACUAAAUGGUACACAGGGAGGGCGGGUGGAAGAGGGUGAGCUAAAGUCUGGGGGAAGACAGCAGCCACUGGAUGAGCUGUUAACGGUUUUAUACUAUUGUUUACUCUUCUGUGAUUAAAAGUACAUCAGCCCUCCUCUACUGUCUCAAACUCUUUAGUGACACUUUCCCCAAUUCCCUGAAUCCAUAUGCUGAUUAAGAGUCUUUUCAGAGGUCUGAUUCUAGAGGCCCUGCCUGUGCAAAUUUUUCCUUUGGGUACAUGCUGGCAAGAGUCAGCCAGAAUGCCUACAUUUUAGGGCUUUUUUUUUUUUUUUAAAGAAGAGAUAAACAUGUAUGGUCACAUUUUUUCUUUUUUUUAAACAAAAAGCCCUAAAAUGUAGGCACUCACAAGAAAAAAUACCAAGCAGGUAAAAGCAUGUUUAUCACCAAACCAACAAAAGGCUUUGGUUGAAUAACUAAGACACCUUUAGUUUGAUACAUGUAUUACCUGUUUUACUGAAUUCAGAGACUGCCAUUAAACAUUUUAAGGUUAAAUAAA